AUGGCUGAUAUGCGAAAUUCCCCACGAGAUGUUGCUUCGUAUCUGAGAAAGGUACGCAAGCCUCUAGUUGAGCGUCAACGCCGCGAGAGAAUGAACGCGAGCAUUAACCGCCUCAAGCUCCUUAUCGCGGACACCAUCCGAGAACAGGUGUCAUCUAUGACGCGUGUGGACAAGGCGGACAUUUUGGAGCUCACUGUUUUCCAUCUGACACGUCUACAGCAGCGGCAACGGGCCGUUAGCAUAGCCACCGACGCCACAGAGGACGCUUUCUCCGCAACCUCUUACCAGACCGGCUACCGGGAUUGCGCACGUGAGCAAAAACAGAACAGUAGCCAGGCUGGUAAAGAUCGUCUUCAAGAAGUUCAUAAUCGGAUUCCCCAGAUCGAGAACCGGGUGCCAUUAACGUUUAACUCACAGGCCGUUUUCAUGUCAACGCCGAGAAGAUCGAACGAAGGUCUGACAGGAUUGACGGGUCAAAUUUCAACAACCUCUUCGGGAACUCUAGAAUGUUCGCCGAUCUUGCGGAUGACGGAAUGCCAUGAUGACGUCAUCAUGCAUAAUUCCAGUACUUCCAAUCUGAGCUUCAUGAACACUGAUUCAGGAUUUGCUAGUUUCGACAUGACCACUGACAUUCAAUCGUGUGGGUCAGAUGGCUGUUUUUCGUUUGACCGAAGUAAUAAUGCUGAAGUUGGUCAAGUGUCAAAAGAAAAUGUAUGGCGCCCAUGGUAG